AUGAAUAAAAAAAAUUGUAUAAUUUUUCCUUUUUAUCGUGUCGAUGUGAAUCCAAAAGGAAAAUUAUAUUAUAUCUCAUUUAAAUUUCUUUGUUUAAGUUUAUAUAUCGUUGUAUUUUAUUAUGUAUUUCUAAAUACAUCAUUAGAAAACAAGGGCCUAGAAAAUGUUAAAAAUGGAAAUAUAUAUGAACGCAAUUUAGGUGAAGCACAAACAAAAAAUAAGGGACCAAAAUGGAAAAGAUCUUUAAAAUAUAAAAAAGAAGAUGUAAACAAAACAAAAUCCAAUGAAAAUAAUAAUAAAUGUAAUGAACAAAAGGUAGAGGAAAAUAAACAUAGU